UAAAGGAAUAACAAGUGAUUUCUCUAAAGUGAGUUGUACAUGCUGUCCGGUUAAAAUGUUUAAAAUUAUUUUCUUUUUAUUAUAUGUCGCGGUAUGUUUCGCCACUGAGGGGAUGAUACGAUGUGGAUUCACACCAAAUGAAAUCUAUUCGUGUACAGGUUUACCUACAGUAGUGAAACCCGAAAUAUCAGCCAAGUGUAAGAUAACAGUCAAUCAAUGCGACCAAAUGACGUGUAUAUUCAAAGAAGCAGGCUGGAUGACAGGAGGCAAAGUGGAUAAAAAGAAAUUGACGGAUCACUUCGAUGAGUUCAAGCGGGAAUUCCCCGAGUGGAGCGCCGCGGUGGCCAAAUUGAAAAACUCGUGCAUUGACAGCGAGCUACUGCCUCAAGGGGUGUACUUGAACUGUCCAGCGUAUGACGUCAUGCAUUGUGCUUUGACUAGCUUCAUUCAGAACACUCCCGCUAGCAAGUGGGACAUGGAGCAUGGGACCGGGUGUACGUACUCGCGGCAGUUCGCAGCUUCGUGCCCCCUCUGCCCCUCCGACUGCUUCGCGCUGCUGGUGCCGGCAGGCUCAUGCAACGCCUGUCUGAUGCUGCCUAGAGCCUCUUGAUACUUUAUUAUAUGAUCUGCAAACCUUCUUGAUACUUUUAUCACGAUUAAAAUUUAUG